AUGGCUCCACCCGACCACGUGACGCUGCAAGUCGCGAACCUCACGCGGAACGUCACGGCCGACCACCUGCGCGAGAUCUUUGGCAAGUUCGGCCUCGUCGUGCAGGUCGACAUGCUCUCGCCACGCGCGCGGGCCGCUGCGCGCGUAGUGCUCGCGACGCUGCAGGACGCUGAAGCCGCCAAGACGCACCUGCACGACGGCUGGCUGGACGGCAAUAAGCUGCACGUGCUGCUGCCGCAGGACGCACCACCGGCACCAGCAGCAGCAGAUGAGGCCGACGGCCGACGAGCCGUGCGGACUGCUGGGGCGCGGACGGUCACGCGCGCGUCCGUGUCGCCUGUCAGUCGCAUGCGACGCAGUGGACGCGGCGGUCGCUCGCCGUCGCCGCUGCUGCGGACAUUGACUGGACGCCAGCGGUCGCCACGACCAGCACGAGGAGGAGGAGGAGGCGCGCGCCAGCGACGCGUCGCGUCGCCGUUUCGAGGCCGCAGUCGGAGUCUGACGAUGGCGAGUCGUCGAAGUGGACGCUCGCGCUCGCCGGCGUUCAUGCGUCGACGUGGGCCAUCGCCGUUCCGCAGCGGACGACGCAGCAGUCCUGUGGCGGCGGCACGAGGCAGUGGGCGACGUCGACGCUCGCCCAGUCCGUUUCGACGCCGGCGGAGUUUGAGUCGCAGUCGCAGUCGAAGCCGCAGUCGAAGCUUUAGCCGGAGUCGGAGUCGACUGCGUGGACGCAGUCGCAGUCGGUCGCUGAGUCGCAGCCGCAGUCGUGGCCGCAGCUUUAGCAGCCGCAGCCGCAGUCGCAGCUCAAGUCGUGGACGACGACGUCGGAGCUCGAGUCGGAGUCGCAGCAGUCGGAGCAGCCGCAGUUGA